AUGAGUAUAACGAUCUUCACUGCGCUGUUCGUCCUGGACACUGGCGGCCAGAAAUACGAUUGGAACCACCCCGUCAUCGUCACAUCCGCUUGCGUUGCUGUUAUCGGCGCUGGAACGUUUGUCGUAUACGAACGGUACUUCGCGAAAGAGCCAAUCUUUCCUGUCCAACUACUCACCCGCUACGUUGUUGGCACGUCUUAUGGAAUCCUUCUCCUGCAGAACUUUUCUCAGACCGCACUGAUGUUCAUCAUCCCAAUCUACUUCCAAGUCACCAAUAAUGCAUCGACUGGCGAAGCCGGCGCCUACCUCAUACCCUCUGUGGUUGGAAAUACGGUCGGUGGCCUCCUGACAGGGGCAUGGAUCAAGCGGACUGGAAGUUACAAAGCUCCUACCAUACUAGCGAGUGCCAGCUCGGCACUGUCUUUCACUCUCUUGCUCCUAUUCUGGCAUGGGCAUACCACAGUCUGGGGAUCGCUCCUGAUAUUCCUCGCCGGCUUUGCAACAGGCAUGGCGCAUUCGGCCGUCUUCGUUGGAUUGACAUCCGCAGUGGCGGAGGACGAGGUGGCUAUUGCUGGCUCUGGAUUGUACCUGAGUGGUAACGUGGGGGGCGUUACAGGCGUCAGCGGGGCUGCUGCAGCCUUUCAAAUCGUCUUGCAGAUAGGCCUGAAACAUGCCCUUGAGGGAAGAAAUGACGCAUCGGAGAUAGUCGAGAAGGCAACAUCAGAUAUCGCCUACAUUCAGCAUGUGGGUGAUGGUCUUCGCGAGCUGCUGAUGCCGGCAUAUAUACACGCCACGCAGCAUGUGUUCGGUAAGUAA